CCAACCAGAAUAGUUGGUAGGCUUCUUUCACCAGUUUAUAAUUUCAUGAUGCCUACUAAAGUUACUAAAGGACAGCUAGCUUCAUUUUUGAGCAAUAACCCCCAUGACGCUUGUGUGCACGGUCAUUUUGAUGGGUGCUUGUCAUGAAAUACGAGGAAAUCUUCGCUCACGGUGAAACGAUGAUUCCUAGUCAAACUGGGUUCCAGAAGUUGUGACCCAUACCCCUGUGACAAGAUUGACAAGGCUAUGAGUCUCAUCCCAUCAGCACCUUGAACGGAAGCUCAUGGCAGCUGGCGGGGUGGAGUAUGACGAGGUGAAGCAAACAAUCUUCACAGCAGGUGCUGGAAAUGCGCUGCAGGCUGCUGUAGCAUCCAUAGUGCGGAUGCCAUUGGAGGAGGUUCCUAAUUUCAUUGAGGACGCCGCAGGCUAUGAACAGGCUUGCAACACUUGGCUGGCGAAGCGCGAGCAGCUGCUACGAAAAAUCCCGCUGGAAGAUGAUGGAAGGCUUCCUGACAAAGAGAUGGAACAAUGUGUCGGAAAACUUUGCAUUUUGCGCGGAGUCUCCCCGCGUGGUGACCAUGGACACGUGGUGGUGGCGCGGGUGACAGCUGACGGCGAGUUUGAGUUGCUUCACGAUCCCUUCCCGGAAGCGGACCCGGAGGGUCCAAUGCUGCGACGACCCUUUGCCUGGGCCGGAGUGAUUCUGCCCAAGUGAAAAA